AUGGCUGACGAGAAGACCUUCCGCAUCGGCUUUAUUGUGCUGGGCUUUUUCCUGUUAUCCCUAGGCACGUUUCUUAUGAGCCACGAUCGACCUCAGGUCUACGGUACCUUCUACGCCAUGGGAAGCAUCAUGGUGAUUGGGGGUGUCAUCUGGAGCAUGUGUCAGUGCUACCCUAAGAUCGCCUUUGUGCCUGCAGACUCUGACUUCCAAGGCAUCCUGUCCCCAAAGACCCUGAGCCUACUGGAGAAUGGGCUUGUGGAGGUAAAGAGCCCCCAGCCCCCCUAUGUCAGGCUGUGGGAGGAAGCUGCCUAUGACCAGAGCCUUCCAGACUUCACCCACAUCCAGAUGAAGGCUAUGGGCUAUAGUGAGGAUCCCCGGCCUCUACUGGCCCCUGAGCUGAAGCCAGGAGGCAGCAGUGGUGGGGAAGGUGAGCGUCACACCCCUCAGGCCUGGAUGGAAGCUGCCGUGGUUGUCCACAGGAGCUUGGAAGAGAAUGAGAGAGAAAGACCUCUCACUCAGAGCAGCUCUCCAGCCUGUCCCCAGGGCCCUGCACCCUUGGCCUCCUUCCAAGAUGACCUGGACAUGGGGUCCAGUGAAGGCAGCAGCCCCCACCCAUCCCCACCUGACAGGGAAGAGCCAUACCACUUGCCACAGGUGCCCUGGGUCUACAGGGGCCCACUGGAUCGCUUUCAUGACUUUGCUCUGAUUGAUGACACCCCCACAUCGGAAGAUAUGGCCCUGGAGGGACAGGUGCGAGAGACAGCUCUGCUUGACAACCAGCAAAAGUCCCCGAGGAUGAAGGAGAAGGAGGUUAUGGAUGCAGAUGUGGGGGAGCCAGAGCAGGAGGAGGAAGACCUGUACUAUGGACUGCCAGACAGCCCUGGAGACCCCCUCCCUGACGAGGAGCUGGGCUUUGAGCCUGAUGCCCAGGGCUGA